CUUUACGAUGUCUGCGCGACAUAUGCUAUGGAACAGUAAUUGUGGUUUAUUUCUUUGUAAAACUUUCUGUGUAUUAUUUUUACUACUUUGUUUCGAGUUCAGAAUAGUGAAUCCAUAUAAAUUAGAUAAAGUGGUUAUAUUUAGCAGGCACAGUGUAAGAACUCCUUCGAGCUAUGACCUUGAGCACAUAACACCUCACAAGUGGCCGGAUUGGAAGGAAAAACCAGGGACUUUAACUCAAAAUGGUCAUGUGUUAGAAUCUUAUAUGGGAACUUAUUUUAGAGGCUGGCUUAGUGAUACUGGUUUGUUGCCAGAUAGUUGCCCUGAUGAAGAUCUGUUCUAUGUUUAUGCUGACUUGAUGCAAAGAACUCUGGCAUCAGCUGAGGCUUUCGUGAGAUCUGCUUUUCCUGAUUGCAAUAUAAUAAUUCAUAGUAGUGAUAAAAAGUCUCAUUCAGUUUUACGUUCACAUAUUCAUAAUAGCAGUGACAGCUUUAGGGAAAUAGCAAUCCAUGAAAUGAAAGUUAAGAGGAAUGGCUUACAUUUGAAAAAAUCGUAUAAAAAAAUGGAAUCAAUUUUAAAGUAUCAGCAUUCAGAUCGUUGUAAAGAGGAUAAAAAAUGUGAUAUGGCCAGUGAGAAGAAUGUCGUAAAAGUAAAAGUCGGUAAAAAGCCUAAAGUCAAGGGUCCCUUACAACUAUGCAAUGAAGUAACUGACACCUUUCUAAUGGAGUACUAUAAUGGUUUGGCACGACGGAAAGUUGCGUGGGGAAAAAUUUCAAGCAAAAAAGACUGGCACUCCAUCUUAGGACUCUACGCUGGUUAUCAUGAUGUUGUUUAUAACACAACACAUGUUGCCAAAGAUAUUGCUAAACCAAUUAUCAUGUUCAUGAAACCAUUAUUUACAAAUGAGAGUCCGAAAGUAUCACUAUUAAUGGGACAUGAUUCAAAUAUUAAUGUACUUUUAAAGGCAAUGCAUUUUAAAAAUUUCGUGUUGAAUAAAUCACUGCUGUCUGUGCCAAUUGGAGGCAAAAUUGUCUUCCAGAAAUGGUAUGAUGUUGUUAAAAAAGAUUACUUCUUGAAAAUUCAGUAUGUUUAUCAGUCAACUAAGCAGAUCAGAAAGAUGGUUGUCUUAUCGCGGGAUACUCCUCCUCAGUUUUCAACUUUAGAAUUAAAAGGUUGUGCCGCAAAUGAAGAGGGAUAUUGUCCUUGGGAUGUAUUUAUAAAGUUUUUAAAUGAUUUAUAUACUUGAUAGCGAAAUAUCUCAAAUUUUGAUCCAUAUAGUUAAUUUGAAAAUAUUAAAAGUUCAGAUUUAAUAUAUGUGUGUAUUGCGUUUUUGAUUUAAAAUAAAAUUU